ACCCAACGCAAACUUGACUUGAGAACUGUGUGCAGAGUGGGGACCGAAUUGCACUCUAGCUGCACCGAGGUAGCAGGCUGAGUUAAGCGUCCUCUGUUGUAAGCGACUGACUAGGUCCAGGCAGUUGUUUUAUAGCCUAUACUUAAACAAUAACUUUUAAAAUUUAUUUUACAUUCUUGUCAUCUUCACUGCCACCAUGAUUUUGGUCGUGAUCUGCCUCACUGGUUUAGUAGCAUCGUUUACGGCAGCCGAAGCGAGAGUCACCAAGCGAUAUGUCAUCGGCUGCCCUGACCGCUGCGACAGGACAAUGUGCCCGACCGUAUCAAAGGACUGCCAAACGUCCUCCGUUCUGGACCAGUGCAACUGCUGUCCCGUGUGCGCCUCGGCCGAGGGAGAGGCAUGUGGCGGCGUGGGGAAGUUGGGAGACCCGGUGUGCGGCGAGGGACUGGAGUGCGCAGUGCCCGGAGGGGUUGGCUACACCGCCACGGUUCGGAGGAGAGGCAAGACUGGAUCUUGCGUGUGCAAAAGCGCGGAUCCGGUGUGUGGGAGCGACGGGGUCUCCUACAGGAAUAUCUGCGAGCUGAAGCGAGUUAGCAGCCGGGCACAGAAGCUUCAACAGCCGCCUGUGCUCUUCAUCCAGCGGGGCGGUUGCGGGAAGUCCCAGGAUGACCCCAACAGCUUGAGGCACCGGUACAACUUCAUCGCUGAUGUGGUGGAGAAGAUCGCACCGGCUGUGGUGCACAUAGAACUGUACCGCAAGAUGGUGUACUCCAAGCGUGAGAUGGCGGUGGCUAGCGGCUCUGGCUUCGUGGUGUCGGAGGACGGCCUGAUCGUCACGAACGCGCACGUGGUGGCCAAUAAGCAUCGCGUCAAGGUGGAGCUGAAGAAUGGCGACACCUUCGACGCCAAGAUCAAGGACGUGGACGAGAAGGCCGACAUCGCCCUCAUCAAGAUCGACACACCGAAAAAGCAGCCGGUGCUGUUGCUGGGGCGCUCGGCGGACCUGCGGCCGGGAGAGUUUGUGGUUGCCAUCGGCAGCCCGUUCUCCCUCCAGAACACCGUGACGACGGGCAUCGUCAGCACCACGCAGCGCGGCGGGAAGGAGCUCGGCCUCCGUAACUCAGACAUGGACUACAUCCAGACAGACGCCAUCAUUAAUUAUGGCAACUCAGGUGGACCUCUGGUCAAUCUGGAUGGGGAAGUGAUCGGGAUCAACACUCUGAAAGUCACAGCAGGGAUUUCCUUCGCCAUCCCCUCGGACAAGAUCAAGCAGUUCCUCGCAGAGUCUUACGACAGGCAAGCCAGAGGGAGGGGGAACACGAAGAAGAGGUAUAUCGGAGUGAGGAUGAUGACACUGACUCCAGCCUUGGCCAAGGAGCUGAAAGGACGCCAGAGGGACUUUCCUGACAUCACUUCCGGGGCAUACGUGAUGGAGGUCAUCUCCAGAACGCCAGCUGCAGUUGGCGGACUGAAAGAGCACGAUGUCAUCAUCUCCAUCAACAGCCAUCGUAUCGCCACGGCGACGGACGUGAGCAACGCCAUCAAGCGGGACGCCACAUUACGCAUGGUGGUGCGCCGCGGCAACGAGGACGUGAUCCUCAACAUCGUCCCCAUGGAGAUCGACCCUUGACCCCUCAGUAUCACCAUGACGACCAUGGCGACCUCCACACCCCCCCACCCCCAGCCUCGUCGCCACGGAGACAUGAACUUUGAACCCUUGAAAACUUGGUUGUGUCCAGGCCUCUAAAUUAACUUUUUUCAUCACCAGCCAAAAUGACAAAUUGAUUUUACUAGCCAAACUCACACUCAGUAAUGGGUCAAAGUGGCUAGUAAGAUGGUCUUCUCUACCAGCCAAACAGCAAUUUCACCAGCAUUUGGCCGGUUGGCUGGUGUUAAUUUAGAGCCCUGGUUGUGUCUGAGACCACGCCCUACCGAGGGCUAAUAAGCGGCCAAUCGAAUAUCGGCAUCUGAUUAUCGGCCAAUCGAAUAUCGGUAUCUGAAUAUCGGCCAAACGAACAUCGGCAUCUGACGUGACUGGCAUGUGUGAGGCUCUGCCUGUAAUGGUGGACUUCACAGAGCACAUACAGGGCUUACUUUCAAGCCCCCUUAACUUAUCCCUUUGGAUCUCUCUCUUUUUUAAUUAUGUGUGCAUUCGUAAAAGCUACUACUGUGUACUGUCAAACACAAGCCAGUUGACCUGUGUUUCUUUUUAAAAUCUUGUUAUUUUUUUUUGUUAAUGAUUUUGUGAGUUCUGAUCUACUGCUCAAAAAAACAAAAAAACAAGCCAAACACACAAAUAAAGUCCUGCACCGAGGGAAUCAUUACACAUUUUUUGAACAUUGAGGAGCAGUUUUGUACUUUUCUUUGUAAAAAAACAAACUAGUCAAUGUGCCUUUGUUCUUUUAACAGUUGUUAUUUACAUUUACACAGAACACAAUAAAAGAUUUUUAAUAGUG